CAUGCAUUUUCUCAAAAAGGGCAUGUCAGCUCGUUAAAUGAAUAUAUUUACAAGGUUUCCAUAUAAAUAAGUUAUCAAAAAAUUUGGUAAAAUAUAAGCCUGCUAAAUAGCCUAUCAGUGGAGCCGGUCGAUCUCGUCUUGUGGCCUUAAGCUUAAAUUGAGUGGACGCUCAUGUCCACACGACCAAUCCUAUAUACGCCUUGGUGCGUGCGCGAUGCGGGAAAAAUUAUUUGUCAUUAAUAUAUCUGUAUCUAAACUUAUCAUUAUUCUGUGGGUAGCAUCUGUGACUGGAUGACCAAGUGGGAUAUACCGAGCACAUGUGCUCUAUUGUGUUCGUCUUAAAUGUGUUGCUACUUAAGAAAUGAAGAAGAAUAAAUAAGUCAACAUGAAGUCCUGUAUAUUCUUCGUAAUUAUAAGCAGCUUUUCGUUAGCUGGAUCUCAAAUAAAUAACUUUUUUGAUCUUUGGACCGAUUUAUUUCGACCAUUACCUCAAAAUAAGAAAGAAGGAUUUAUACCUGAUUAUACUCCUAAAGAUAAACAAGAUUUUGAUUUUAUUAUUAUCGGAGCCGGGUCGGCGGGAUGCGUAUUAGCAAAUAGAUUAUCGGAAAUAUCCAAAUGGGACGUUCUUUUAUUAGAAGCUGGUGGCAAUGAAAAUUUCUUUUCCGAUAUUCCUAUUUUCGCGCCUUUCAUGUCCAUAACACCCAUGAAUUGGGAUUAUACGUCAGAGCCGGAGAAAAGAGCCUGCAGGGAUCUCCGGGGCAAUGUAUGUUAUAUGCCCCGUGGUAAAGUACUGGGUGGAAGCAGCGUGCUCAAUUUCUUAAUAUAUCAAAGAGGACAUCCUGAAGAUUACAAUGACUGGGCUCGCAUGGGUAACAAUGGGUGGAGUUACGAUGAAGUAUUACCUUAUUUUAAGAAAUCAGAAAAUAUACGAAUCAAUGAACUGAAGAAUUCAACAUAUCAUGGUGUGGGUGGUUAUAUGGAUAUUGAUUACGCUUCAUACUCAUCACCUCUUGACAAUGCGUUCAAGGGUGCUGGGGAGGAACUCGGUUAUGAAUGGAAUGAUCCAAAUGGAGAACGAUUAAUUGGUUUUUCAAAACCGCAGGCGACCAUUCGAAAUGGUAGAAGAUGUAGUGCAUCUAAAGCUUUUUUAGAACCAGUUCGUUUUAGAAGGAAUUUAAAAGUGUCAAAAUUCUCAACAGUUAGACGAAUUUUAAUAAAUUCGGACACAAAAGCGGCUGUUGGAGUCGAGUUCAUAAAACAUAAUAAGAGACGUCGGGUAUUUGCACGUAAAGAAGUUAUACUUGCAGCGGGUACGAUCGGUUCGGCACAGCUUCUUAUGUUAUCAGGAGUAGGACCGCAAGAGCACCUCCUCGAUGUUGGAAUCAAUCCCAUAAUAGAUUCUCCUGUUGGUUACAACCUCCAAGAUCACGUCACGUUUUCCGGAAAUGCAUUUAUAGUAAAUCAGACAGGACUUUGCGUAAAUGAUAUGUUGGCUGCCUCGCCCACAUCAGCAGCUGCUUACAUGGCUGGACGAGGACCGCUCACAUUGCCAGGCGGAGCUGCUGGUCUUGCUUUUACCCAAACUCAAUAUGGAAGCGAUCUUACCGAAGGACGUCCAGAUAUUGAACUAGUCAUGGGGGCAGGAUCCCUUGCAGGCGACUUUUUAGGAAUAAUUCGAUCGCUACUUGGAGUUACGGAUCAGUUUUAUUGGAAAGUCUACGGUUCUCUACCAUUAAAAGAGAGACAACAGUCAUUUGCAAUAAAUCCAGUACUAAUACGCCCUCAAAGUUAUGGCCGGCUGACACUCAGGAGCGCAAAAUUUGAUGACCACCCUAAAAUUCAUCCAAAUUAUUUCGAUCAUCCAAAUGACAUGAAAGCACUGAGAGAGGGCGUGCGGCUUACUCAAAAAGUUAUAAGCACAAAGGCGUUUCAAAAAUAUGGGACAAGGUUAAACAAUGUUCCAUUCCCAGGCUGUGAACAUUUAGAAUUUGAUUCUGACGAAUAUUGGGAAUGUGCAAUAAUGCAAACAUCAAUAACGUUAGACCAUCAAGUGGGGACCUGCAAAAUGGGGCCGGCUGGCGACCCCAGCGCUGUGGUAAAUCCUCGCUUGCAAGUCAAAGGAAUAAGCAAUUUAAGGGUCGCCGAUGCGUCUAUUAUACCACGUAUACCUGCAUCACAUACACAUGCCCCUGUUGUAAUGAUCGCAGAAAAAGCUGCAGAUAUGAUAAAAGAAGACUGGAGACAUCUUCUAUAAAAUGUAUUUAAAUUGAUAUAUUUGAAUGCGUACUUUGGCGUUAGGUUUUGAAGACAAUAGGGGGUGAAUCUUAGUUCAUCUAAGAAUUUUUAAUUGCUAGAGACUUAGAGAGUAAAUCGAAUGCCAUAACCUAAAUUUGUGAGGACAACAUUAAGGUUUUUUUUUAUGUUCAAUAUUCUCCCUACUUUUAUCAAGUAUUGGUAUAUGAUAAGUUAGGGAAUGUGUUCAUAAGUGAUAAGACAGUGUAAAUCAUCAGCUAAAUGCUUAUGUUGUGUAUAAAGAAUUAAGUAUCAUACAUCAGAAACUGAUGCUGGCUAUGAAAUAUACAUAGAAAAUGGAAUACAUGUUUUGAAAAUAUAUAAGAAAGUAAGCUAUAAUUUAAAAUCAAUCACUAAAUAAUGCUAGUCAAAUGAAUGAAUGAAUGAAAUAAAAUGUAAUUUAGUGUGAAGAUCAAUAAAUAAAUAAUAAAAUAUAAACAGAGUAUUGUUAUUUAGAAAUUUCUGACCCCUUUUUUCUAAGUUCAGCUAAAGGACUAUAUAUAGCUAUGGCAAAAUGGUCAGAAAAUUUUUCAGACAUACCUUCUUUAAAUAUUUUAAAAGUAAUCUAUUUUUUUCAAAGGACUCUGCAACAUUUUGCAAAUUGUAAUAUCUAUUAAAACCAAAUUUAUACUAAGAUUGUUUGUUUAACUACUAUUUAUUAAUUAACAAUAAAACCUAUUAAAUAUUCUAA